CGGGCCAGUGCUGCAGCCGGUUGCAGGGCGGCGCAGAGUCCGGAGGCCGGCGCGCGGAUCGGUCCUCAACUCUGAUCGCUGCGGCCCAGCCCGCCACCGAGGCGCGCAGGCGGGCGCGCGGAGUGGCCGCUCAGGAGGAUCUCUAUACUCCCCCCACACACACCCCAGAAACUACUCAAUGCUGAAGCCUUUCACCGUGGUACCAGAGACUUUGGAAGCACCAUGGAUGGGUUUUGUGAUCAGCAAGUCCCUUUUAUGGUCCCAGGGAAAUCUCGCUCAGAGGACUGUCGAGGGCGACCUGUGACGGACAGAAAGAGGAAGUUUUUGGAUACGGAUCUGGCUCACGAUUCUGAAGAGUUGUUUCAGGAUCUUAGUCAACUUCAAGAGGCUUGGUUAGCUGAAGCUCAAGUUCCUGAUGAUGAACAAUUUGUCCCAGAUUUCCAGUCUGAUAACUGGUCUCUCACUGAAGAAGCUGGACCUCAUCAGCUGGCUAGAGCUGGGAUUGCAGUGGUGCUUCACGCUCCACCUCCUACCAAGAUCAAGCGGGAGCUGCAUAGCCCCUCCUCUGAGUUGUCAUCCUGUAGCCACGAGCAGGCUCUUGGUGCUAACUACGGAGAAAAGUGCCUCUACAACUAUUGUGCCUACGAUAGGAAGCCUCCCUCUGGGUUCAAGCCAUUAACCCCUCCUACCACUCCUCUGUCACCCACCCAUCAGAGUUCCCUAUUUCCCCCACCUCAGGCAACCCUGCCCACCUCAGCUCUUGCCCCUGGAGCCGGUCCAGUUCAGGGCGUGGGUCCCGCCCCCACCCCUCACUCACUUCCAGAACCUGGGUCACAGCAGCAAACGUUCGUGGUCCCCCGGCCACCACAUCAGCCCCUGCAAAUGCCAAAGAUGAUGCCAGAAAGCCAGUAUGCAUCAGAACAGAGAUUUCAGCGACAGCUGUCUGAACCCUGCCACCCCUUCCCUCCUCAGUCAGGAGUUCCUGGAGAUAAUCGCCCCAGCUACCACCGACAGAUGUCGGAGCCUAUUGUCCCCGCUGCUCCCCCACCCCUUCAGGGAUUCAAGCAGGAAUACCAUGACCCACUCUAUGAACAUGGGGUCCCUGGGAUGCCUGGUCCUCCAGCACAUGGGUUCCAGUCACCAAUGGGAAUCAAGCAGGAACCCCGAGAUUACUGCGCCGAUUCAGAAGUGCCUAACUGCCAGUCAUCCUACAUGAGAGGAGGGUAUUUCUCCAGCAACCAUGACGGAUUCACGUAUGAAAAGGACCCCAGGCUAUACUUCGAUGACACCUGCGUGGUGCCCGAGAGACUGGAAGGCAAGGUCAAGCAAGAGCCCACCCUGUAUCGAGAGGGGCCCCCUUACCAGAGGCGAGGCUCUCUUCAGCUGUGGCAGUUCCUUGUCACCCUUCUUGAUGACCCAGCCAAUGCCCACUUCAUCGCCUGGACUGGCCGAGGCAUGGAAUUUAAGCUGAUAGAACCGGAAGAGGUUGCUCGGCGUUGGGGCAUCCAGAAGAAUCGGCCAGCCAUGAACUAUGACAAACUGAGCCGCUCGCUACGCUAUUACUAUGAAAAGGGCAUCAUGCAGAAGGUGGCCGGGGAACGGUACGUCUACAAAUUUGUCUGCGACCCCGAUGCGCUUUUCUCCAUGGCCUUCCCAGACAAUCAGCGUCCCUUCCUGAAGGCAGAGUCAGAAUGCCCCCUCAACGACGAGGACACCCUGCCACUGACUCACUUCGAAGACAACCCUGCUUACCUCCUGGACAUGGAUCGCUGCAGCAGCCUCCCCUAUGCUGAAGGCUUCGCUUACUAAGUUUCCGAAAUGGCUGAGUGGCCAAACCCUAGAGCUAGCAGUCCCCAUUCAGGCAAAUGAGGGCAGUGGUUUUGUUUGUGUUCUUGGCUGUUCCUAAAGCUUGCCCUUUGAGUAUUAUCUGGAGAACCCAAGCCAUCUCUGGAUUGACACCCUUAAAGACAAAUAACCUUGGCUAGGGAGUGGGGACAGGGAGAGACAGAAAAACCACUACGUGACUGGUGAUUCUGAGAUUUGGUGAGAAGAGAUGAAAGUGGAGCCUACUUGCCAUUGUGGACAACAUGUGCAGAGCAGUCCCUUGUUCAGAUUAGUGCCCACGAAAGGGGGCCGAGUGUAUGACAAUCCGCCAUGACCAUGGACUACUAAAUGCCUUUAUAUAGAAGGGCUUUGACUUGCACAAUUCUAUGGAAAGAAACCGCACACCCAUAGGAAAGUCGAAGGCUCGGUUGGGGAGGCUUGGAUCGUUAAGGCUUGAAAUUCACAAAACUCCUGGAGCUUAGUCUGAAAUGUGUUCCCCUUAGCCCAGAACUGGGGAGGCCGGGGCGGCUGUUAGCCACUCCAUGGUUCUCUGACCGCCACUCCCCUUGAGCCUUCAGCCAGAGUGGUCACCAAGUAGAUCAAGCCCCUCUCAUCCCAGUCACGUGGCUGAGUGCGGAUGGCUUUUCAUUUUAGAAGAAAGACUAACACUUGACAGUAUUUUGUUUCGCUUUGAUUUAGGGGGAUCAUUUUGUUUUGGUGGUUGUUUUGGGAAAAAAAAGAAAACAGUUUCUAUAAACUGAUUUUUGUAGUUUUGGUAUUUAAAGCAAAAAAACAAAAAACAAAACAAAAA